GCUCCCUCUGAGCAAAGCCCUCAGUGGAAACUCCAAGGCUCUGCAAAGGAAAUUAUUCUUGUGAAUGUGACACACACUCUCUCCAGUUUCCAUAUGCUGAGAUUAUCCUUCUUCUUCGGUUUGAUCUGCUUGGUGAAAACAGGUAGGUGGCAAGUGAAAGAUGCCAUGAUUUCCCCAGGCCACCUGGUGAGUCAGUUACACAACAAGGAAAAAAGCCCAGUUUUACUGAUGGCUGAGACCAAGAGGCUCAGCCCUACCUCAUGACACCUCCUGUUCAGUAAAAUGACUAAUUAAACAGUCAAUUAUGUGCUCUGGGUCUUGCUCUACAACCACCAGACAAGUUUCAGUCCACGUUCUCCAGGAGCAUGCAAUCUACAGGAAGAGAAAAAUGAAAGAGGCCAAGAGAUGGAGAAAAUAUUUACAUAGACACAGAUGAAACAUGUCCUUCAUUCACCAAACUGAGCUUUCACAGUGCAGUGGUCGGUACAGGACUAAAUGUGAAGUUGAUGCUCUACACCAGAAAAAAUCUGACCUGUGCACAAGUCAUCAACUCCACAAUUUUUGGGAACUUGAAUGUGACCAAGAAAACCACCUUUAUUGUCCAUGGAUUCCGACCUACAGGCUCCCCUCCAGUUUGGAUGGAGGACUUGGUACAGAGUUUGCUCUCUGUAGAAGACAUGAAUGUGAUUGUUGUUGAUUGGAAUCGAGGAGCUACAACUGUGAUAUACAACCAUGCCUCUAGUAAGACCAGAAAAGUAGCAGAAGUCUUGAAGAAAUUUAUCGACCAGGUGUUGGUAGAAGGAGCUUCUCUUGACAACAUUUAUAUGAUUGGAGUAAGUCUAGGAGCCCACAUAUCCGGGUUUGUUGGAAAGAUGUACAAUGGGCAGCUGGGAAGAAUUACAGGUCUCGACCCUGCGGGCCCUUUAUUCAACGGGAGACCUCCCGAGGACAGAUUAGAUCCCGGUGAUGCACAGUUUGUUGACGUCAUCCACUCCGACAUUGAUGCACUGGGCUACAAGGAGCCAUUAGGAAACAUAGACUUCUACCCAAAUGGAGGAUUGGAUCAACCUGGUUGCCCCAAAACAAUAUUGGGAGGAUUGCAAUAUUUUAAGUGUGACCAUCAGAGGUCCGUGUACCUGUACCUUUCUUCUCUGAGAGAGAACUGUGCUAUCACUGCAUAUCCCUGUGACUCCUACCGGGAUUAUAGGAAUGGCAAAUGUGUCAACUGUGGCAUGCCACAAAAGGAGUCCUGUCCCCUGCUAGGCUAUUAUGCUGAUAAUUGGAAAGAGUAUUUAAAGCAGAAAGAGCCUCCUAUGACUAAAGCGUUCUUUGACACAGCCGAGGAGAAACCAUUCUGCAUAUAUCAUUACUUUGUGGACAUUAUAACUUGGAACAAGAACAUAAGAAGAGGAUCCAUUACAAUCAGAUUGACAGACAGAGCUGGAAACACCACAGAAUCCAAAAUCAAUCAUGAACCUGCAACUUUUCAGAAAUACCACCAAGUGAGUCUGCUUGCAAGAUUUAAUCAAGACUUGGAUAAAGUUGCAGCCAUUUCCUUGGUGUUCUCUACAGGGUCUACAAUAGGCCCGAAGUAUAAGCUCAGGAUUCUCCGAAUGAAGUUGAGGUCACUUGCCCAUCCAGAGAGGCCCCAGUUGUGUCGGUAUGAUCUUGUUCUGAUGGAAAACACCGAAACAGUCUUCCAACCCAUUCUGUGCCCAAGGUUGCAGAUGUAACAUGCCGGGACACAUGGGCACCAGUGACUUCAAGAAAGCUACAACUACAGGCUUUUUUAAAGCGUCACCUCACCUUUUUCCUCAAGGCACGUGGACGUAUGAAUAAGCUGGGUUUUUUCCAGCAGCGUCCCAUGGAUGUCACAUUGCAAAAUGUCAAACGACCUUGGAUUAUGGAACAGUCCUGGGAAGGGAGCCCCUAAGUAGGGCAAGUCAGAAAUAGCCAGGCUCCCAACAGCCCAGUGCCUUGUCUGGCUGCGUCCUGGGGCCUCGUUUGUUCUGGCCUGUCAGUUCUGCUGCCGGUCACUCAGGCAGCUCUGCUCAUCAAGCAUCUUAAAGGGAAGGUCUAACGGGAGACCUCACUCUGGACUCGACCCCACAUGCCCUGUGCCAAACUCCUCCAGGUCCCUGCAUGCAGAAAGGAAUGGAGACUGACCUACCUCACAGGGCUGCUGUGUGGGUUCGGGAGGCAAGUCUGUGAAGGGUUCUUUGAUAUCCCAUGGGGGCCACAUCUGUGAGUGGUUUGAGAAAUGUGAAUAUGCUUUUAUUUAUUUUGCUUUGGCUUAGCUACUAUGCAAUAAGAGAGCUCCUCCUUAUUGACAACAGCCUCUCUCUUGGGCUGUUUGCUCUGGGAAGGCAGGAAAGCCACACCCCAGCUUCCCAUCUCCUCUAAAGUGGGUUGGUGCUGGAGGAAGUGGGGACAGAGAGACAGCAAAGGGGGCAGCUGCUGGGACUAAGAUAGUAAGUGGAUAAGGGAAGAAGGGCAGAUGAAGACAGUGACAGCCUUGCUUACAGUGACAGUGGAUGGAGAGAUAGGAGAGAAACAAAUGGAGCUUGUUUUUCAGUUGAAGUGAAGAAGGGUCACUUUACAGGCCAAUUCUCAUUUUAAGCAAUCCUUAAGAAAUGUUUAUCUUUUGGGGCACCUGGGUGGAUCAGUUGGUUAAGCAGCCAACUCUUGAUUUCAGCUCAGGUCAUGAUCUCACGGUUCAUGAGUUCGGGCCCUACGGUGGGCUCUGUACUGACAGGAUGGAACCUGCUUGGGAUUCUCUCCACCACCCCCCCCUCUUUGCCCCUACCCCACUCUGGCUCUCUCAAACUAAACUAAAAAAAAAAAAAGAAGAAA